AUGUACGUAGGUCCGGGUCACUUCCUUAGGCUGCGUUAUUUUAAUAGUUGCAACGGAUCUCUGUGCGAUAUCGUCAAUCACGAACUGAUUUACAGGUUUUCGUUUGAAUCAGCUAUUACCGUGUUGGCAAUCGCAUGUCCGUGUGCUCUUGGCUUGGCAACACCGACUGCCGUUAUGGUCGGAACCGGUGUUGGAGCUUUGCACGGCAUUCUGAUAAAAGGAGGCGAAGCUCUGCAGAAUGCUUGCAAGGUAUGCUGUGGUUUAAUGGUAAUUUGUGUAGAUAUUAAAGAAGCACAUUUAACUACAGUAAACGUGGUCGUUUUUGACAAAACCGGCACCAUAACAAGUGGCAAAGCUAAAGUGUCCAAAGUGGUUCUUUUCAUGCCGCCAGAACAUUUUCACCUGGAAAAGUUAUUGACCAUCAUUGGACUUGCAGAAACUACUUCAGAACAUCCCGUGGCUGUGGCGAUUACAUCGUUCGUAAAACAGGUAUGCAACUUUGUACUGCACUUUUUGCAAACCGACAUAGUCGGGGUGUGUUCGACGAUGGAGAAUUCUGUUGGUCGUGGCAUCAAUUGCUUGGUAUCCGGCGUUUCGCUGGUGAAGGAAAACAUCGAAAGCCUCGCUCUUUGUAAUAAAAUGCUGCAGAGUGGUUUACCGGUCUCCUGCGAUGGCGUCAACCUCUUGCUGAACGCAGUGAAGAGGCAUAAAGACGGUGGCCUCGGUCUUCUCACAUCCGGUCCAUGGAAGGUGCUCAUCGGAAAUCGCGAAUGGAUGCAGACACACAGAGUGACGGUCGACCCUGCCGCUGAGGAGUUCAUGCGGUCAGAAGAACAGCUGGGACACAUCGUGGUGUUGUGCGCUAUUAAUGAAAUUGUCGUUUCAACCAUAUCAAUCGUUGAUACCAUUAAGCCGGAAGCGCCACUGACUGUAUACCUUUUAAAGAAAAUGGGGUUGGACGUGAUACUGUUGACGGGCGACAACCUUCGAACCGCGUCUGCUGUCGCACGGAAGGUUGGUAUAGAAUCCGUGUUUGCCGAGGUACUGCCAAGCCAAAAAAAGAGUAAAAUUGAGGAGUUGCAGAAAAAUGGACUGAAGGUAGAUGUUGAUUUUUUUCAUUCUGUAGUUUGUAUGGUUGGGGACGGAAUCAACGACGGUCCGGCGCUUGCAGCAAGCGACAUUGGCAUUGCAAUUGCAUCCGGUUCAGACAUCGCCAUGCAGUCGGCAGGCAUUGUUUUAAUAAACGCAAGUGACCUCCUGUUGUUACCGUUCUGAAUAUUUCGUCCAAUCGGCAUCGGCAUUCCACCAUGGACAGCAGCAGCCGCUAUGGCGGUUUCGUCGAUCAGCGUCGUGUGCUCAUCGCUGUUGUUGAAGCUGUACCGGAAACCGAAGCAAGAGUCGCUGAUGUCUAAAGAUUAUACUGAUCACUUGAAAAGUUCUCAGUUCGAAACUCAGCAUGAUAACGGGAUUUUGAAAGGCGCAGCUUUCAGUGCUACGAAAAGCGCUUAA